AUGGCGGUGGCAGUUCACACUGAGUGGGGGUCAAGGAAGGUUACAGAACAAAAAACCAAAGUGCCCGAAGCGACGAAGCCAAGCCUAAGCCAGCCUCCAACUGCCACCCCAGUUGGCAGCGUUCCAACACCAGCCGGCAACGGUGGUAACAAUGCCAAAAGGGCGGUGGCCACCAACGGCCAGCCACAGAACGCCGCCCGCUAUCUGCCCCGUGAGGUGCCUCCUCGAUUUCGCCAGCACGAGCACAAAGUGUUACUAAAACGUGGUCAGCCCCCUCCACCUUCCUGUGGGCUUCUUGGAGGUGGGGCGGGGCCUCCUGGGUUGCCAGGAUCAAACCCUGGCACUGCACAACCAUUGACGCAGCCCAGCUGUCCACUGCAGCACGGCAGUACACCAGUGGACGCAAACCCUGGGGGUGCUGGUUCAAAUUAUGCAAAUUCUGCUUGGGGUUCUGGAUCGUCCAGCACUGACCUCAACCACGGCUGGGAUAAGUUAAUCGUAGACGGGUCUGAUAUGGAGGCUUGGCCUUGCAUCACAGGCAGAGACUCUGAGUCGGCUUCGGAACACGUAGACAACGAAGGUGCCUCAAACCUUGGCUCAGAGAAGAGCCUGCCACCAGGAAGUGGCGCUGCCAGGAGCUGCAAAGGAGCUGCAAACCAGUUUGCUGCUGGGAGCGGAAAGAAUGAAUGUAAAUUGGGGGCCUGGAACAUGGGCCUCGUGCCUAAACCCAGUCACGCAUCUUCCAUCUCUUCGGAGAGCAAAGACGGACUUAGCAAUUGGAAAAACUUGAGCAAUCCUGAUGGAGCUGGCCUUGGGUUGACCUUGAACCCAAAUAUCAAUCCAUCGGCCUGGCCAGUGUUGGGUCAGGAGGGCAAUUCUGGAAAAGGGACUUUGGAGACUGAUGUUUCAAGCUCCAGUGCACAACUCAGUGCAGUAGGUCAAAGCCCUAGGGAUCAGGAUGGUACUUCUGCAAGCGCCUGGGCAAAUAAGUCAAAAACGGAAAAUGCGGGUGUUACAUGGAAUGCUUCUGUUGGAGAACAGCCUCAAGCUCUUAACACUGAUGGACCAAAUAAUGGCGACACUAACUCUUUGAAUGCAAGCUCACAGAGCACCGGGAACCCUUUGCAAAAUAAGGGAGUGUCUGAUACAACAGGAAAUGGGACCUGGAACAUGCCAUUAGGAAUGGGUUUGGGAAACCCCUUGGUAUUGAAUCAAUCUGUGAGCACUGAAGCCUCAUCCGAAGGCAGUAUUAAAGGAACUAUGGAGGGACGGGGAACUGGGGGAUCUUGGAAUACAGUUUGGGGGUCUUCUGGAACUGAUUCAAUUUCUGGACAAAAUGGUACAGGAGCUGAUGGCAAUAGUGGACGCAAUGGUGAUGAUACAGCAAAGGCUGGCUCUGGUAUGAAACAGUUACUGGUGAAUAGAUCAAGAACUGAAUCAUGGGACAGUAAUAGUGGAUCUUGGGACUCUGAGGCACAAGACCCCAACAAAUCAAAAAAUUGGGGCAAAGGGAACAGAACAGCAUCAGGUGGUGCUCAGGGUUUGUGGGGGCAACAGCCAGGGACUGAUAAUCGCUCGGAAGGGGAAUGGGGUGGCACUCCUAAUGAACAGAAUUGUGGCACAGGCGGAUGGGACAAUCACAGGGUAAAUCCCCUCCCAGAAAACCAAGUAGACAACUCCCAAAAUUCCAACUGGGUGAAGGCCUCUAGUUCCACUGGGAGUGAUUCUGGUAGUCGAGGCAACAACAAAAGGGGAGGCUCAGAAAACCACCCAGGAGGACGGCGCUUAAACAAGACUGAUCCUCUUGAUCAAGAGGAGGUAAUACAGUCUGUAAUAAGUAGGUCUGAUCUGGACCCUAGAGUGUUGUCAAAUACUGGGUGGGGUCAAACUCAGAUUAAGCAGAACACAGUGUGGGAUGUACAGGAGUCACCGAGGAAUGAGAGGCGCACUGACAGAGGAACAGAAGGGUGGGAGAGCACCACCACUCAGAGCACUAACUCAGGGGGCUGGGGUGAAGCACCCAGUCAAAGCAGUCACUGCAACUCUGGGUGGGGAGAUGCUCCACAGUCUUCAAGUAUGGAGUCUGAGAGUCCAAGUGGAUGGGUGGACCCAAAAAACAGUCAAGGCUGGGUAGGUGGGACACCAGAAGAGAAGGCGCCAACAUGGAAUGAUGCGCCUAGAAUCAAAGAACCUGGUUGGGGUGCAAGACAGCAACCAACUCAAGGUUGGUCGCCCAGCAGUGGUUGGGGUGAUGGAAGUGGGCAACCAGCUGAACAACCAAAAGCAGGUGGAUGGGACAAUUCAAACUCCAGGUGGGGUGACAGUGGGCGUAGUGAAGUAGGAUCUUGGGGUGGUAGUAACUCUAAUUCAAACCAGAGAAGUGGGUGGGAGGAUCCAACAAGACACCAGGGUUGGGGUGAGCCAUCAAAAACAGCCACCACUAAUUGGAAUAAACAACAGGAUGUCUCUGGCUCUUGGGGCACAACCUCUACAGGGAGCCGGCAAUCAGGACCUGGCUGGGGCUCAGCCUCUGUGCCACCUGCACCCAUCCCAGUUGUGCCAAAGGAGGAAGAACCUACUGGAUGGGAAGAACCUUCACCACAGUCCAUCUCUCGAAAGAUGGAGAUCGAUGAUGGCACCUCAGCCUGGGGUGAUCCCAACAGCUACAACUAUAAGAAUGUGAAUCUGUGGGACAAGAACUCCCAAAGUGAGAGCUCUGGAAGUGGACCGGUGCCACGGGAGCAGAAUGCAUCCGGUGUGGUUACAGGACGAGGUUCCACGUCAAGUUCUGGUUCAAAAACUAUGCAAGAUGGAUGGGGUGGUGGUGAUCGACCUACUGUGGCAAGUACCCGCCCCCCAAGCUGGGAAGAAGAAGAAGAUGGUUCAAUUGGCCUGUGGAACAGCGCUGGAACUCAGGACAGUAGUUCAUCCUACAACUCAACUAACUGGACCUCGGGCGGAAAGAAAAUUCAUAAGGUAAGCAUGGUAAAAUUUUAG